GGUUUGUUUGUGAAUUAUGGAUUCAAAUUAUAUAGAAAGUUACAAUGAUUUGCAGGUUCAUCAACUUAUGCUUCUCGAUUCAGCAAGAAAUCAAGCUUACCGGCAGGCAGUCUUUGACAACAAAGAUUUUAUCCAAGGAAAGAUAGUUUUAGAUAUAGGAUGUGGUACAGGUAUUCUUUCGGUAUUUUGCGCUCAAGCUGGUGCUGCUAAAGUAUAUGGUGUAGAGGCUAGUGGCAUUAAUGAGAUUGCAAAAAAUAUUGUGAAAGAGAAUAAGUUUGAAAAUAUAAUUGAAAUCAUUAAUUCCAGAAUUGAAGAUGUGACCCUACCCUCAAAAGUAGAUAUUAUAAUUUCUGAAUGGAUGGGAUUCUAUUUAUUCCAUGAAGGGAUGCUCAAAUCCAUCCUAGAGGCAAGAGAUAAGUUUUUGAAACCAGAAGGUGUGAUGUUUCCUGAGUCGGCAACUUUAUUUGCAGCACCAAUUAGUGUACCAUCUUAUUUUGAGAAAUGGAGUGAUAUAGAUGGAGUUUCAAUGAAUACAUUUGGUGAAAAAAUUAGGAUUGAAGCAUCAAAAAUACCCGUCAUAUCUGCCAUUGAACCAGAUUGUAUUCUAUCUGAUCCAGAAAUAGUAACUUGGAUUGACUUGAAAGAAAUCACUCAAGAAGAAUUGAAAUUGAUGGAGGCUGAGCAUUUAGUGGUGUGUAAUAAAUCAGGAAAAUAUCAAGGAAUAUGCUUAAGGUUUUCAUGUACAUUUGCAAAGUAUAAGGAUAAGGAUUUAUAUUGAAAGGCUUCUUCUUCAUUCAAAUAAAAUCCUUUCAUCCUUUCUCUUCACCAGAAGUUGACAACCCAUAUAUUGUAAGUAAAUCUGAAAACAAAAAAGAAAAGAACCAGAAAGGAGCAAUAAAUGUUAUAAUUUCCAUCAUAUACAACAUUGAAUGAUGACAAUUGAAAUCACCACCAUAAAUUGAAUGAUAAGAAAGAAUCAAAUCGAAAUUUAUAGGCCAAAAACUGAUUGUUUACAAAAACGGAAUUACAUCUUUUGAAUUGAGUUUAUAUAGUUUAAUGUAAUUUUUGUUGUAACUCUUGAAAAUAUGUAUGAUAUAAAACAGCAAGUAACAUAUUAGACAACAGAUACAAGCAAAACUUCAACUCUUACCAGGCAACUCUAAAAUGCUCCUCAAAGUUUUAGACUUUUUCCUAUACUGCUUUUUGAUUUCUCAUAAUUGACUACGUUGUGAUGGGUAAUCUUAACCAACUUCCUUUUCCUGGGUAACACAUGUAAAAUUUUCUGUGAAAAAUUCUACCACUUUCUUUUUGGUAUUUGUGGCUUAUUCAACUUCAGCAUCUAAAAACGAUGUGAAUUUCAACUUUCAUAUACCUUACACUAUCUGAAAAUCUUUGAUUUCACUCAUAUUUAAAUAUUUCUGAUGAACUUCGAUGUAGAAAAUUAAUCACGAAUCUGUACCUAUAAACAGGUUAAUACAAAAAAGUAAAAUUAAUCAAUAUUUAUGUGCAUAUAAAAUAUAUUUGUAAUAAACUUUAUGCUAUAUCAGUAGAUCUGCAUUGUAGAAAUCGAAGGAAUUGGUUUAUCGAAAAACCGCAUUUCUAAGUUGCCAAAUUGUUUGGAGCACGUAUAUUGAAGAUCAUUGUUUGUUCUUUCGCCAUAUAAGAAUUAAGAGAAAGUGCGCAUUUUUCUUGAAAUAGUAGUAAAUAUUUUCAGAUUUGGCAACGCCAACAAAAGCGUAAGCAGCGCCUCUACUGGUGCAUUUCAUGACCGGAAGAAAGAUAGCUUUAUGCGAUUUAGAAUGAUAUAGACAAAAAUGGAUGACGAAGGCAAAUCGGAUAAAUUUAGUGAAGGAGUUGACAGUCUCAUUGGUUGUCUCUGAUGAUAGUACGUUCUUCUCAUUGCUAUGGGAAUAUGUUUCAAUUGCAUAAUAAAUGCAAUCCAUUGGCCUAAAGCAACUACUCAAAUAAAUCAUAUUGAAAUUAAAAUGGCUGAAACGUGUUAAACUUGAAAUAUAUUGAAACAAUUAUAAUUUUAUCUCUUUGAACAAGGAGUACGAUAUUAAAGUAGAAAGAAUCGGAACGUCGGAAUAUAGCGGCAAAAUGCAAUUUGGAGAAGGUAAGUUACAUGUGCCUGUCAGAUGCCUUGUUUACUAGCCGGUACAUUCAUUUUACAUAAUUUAGUGAGGAAGGGUGUGUAGUAUCUCUACUUUUCGCCAAAUAGGACAAUAAUUCGUAAAAA